GGGAGGACCACCGGGACCAGCGGGACCAGCGGGACUCGGCCCGCCAGUCUGAGCGUUUGCAGGAGCGUGAGUCUGCUUCAGGAAGCUGCAAAGACAGAAAGAAAGAAAGAAAGAAAGAGGAGAGAGAGUGCACACGGGGACGCUCCCAAUAACAAGAAGACAAAUUCUGCACUGCAGUGGAUUUCCUCAGGUGUGUGUGUUAGUGCGAAUAUGUGUGUGUGUGUGAGUGUGUGUGAUCAGGCUCAGUAAAGACUUUUUUUCAGUUUUAACAUAAAAAAAACGACCUGCAGAAGCUUUGGGGCAUCGUCUGGAGGUCGGCCCGUCCUCGGAAAACUGUUUCAGUCUGCAGUUUCAGACCUCCUCCACCUCCUCCUCCACCUCCUCCUCCUCCUCCACCUCCUCCUCACCCCGACAGGAAUAGUUGGUGUGUGUGUGCAGGUGGAGGCCUCAGACUGACGGGCGGAUUCUUACUGUGGAUUUCUAAAGAACUACACGGAUAUUUAACCAAAUCUAGGACCAGCCGACUGUUGAUUCAGCUCCUCUUUGGAUUACCAGGUUGCUCUUCAUGGGCUCGUAGGACUCAAAAAGGUGUCAAAUUCCACCUCAGGGAUCAGAUCUUUAUCUUCCACUGUGUCCUCCGAGUCAGCACGACACAGCAAAUCUCAGGCGCCGUCACCAGUUUCUCCGGUUCCAGUUUUUUCCUCAGGGAUUUCUAACCAGCAGAGUUUCAGUUUGGGAUUAUUUCAGUCUUUUGAACGCAGCAGAUCUCAGGCUUCAUCCCCGUAUAAACUCCGGUUAUGAUGGCGUCCGACAGUUUCCAGUACCGGGCGCUGUUUGAGUACAAGCGGGAGCGCGGGGACGACAUCAGCCUGCAGCCCGGGGACCUGCUCAGCGUCUCCAGGGCCUGGCUGCUGGCGGCGCCGGGCCGGGACCACCAGGACGGGGACGAGCGGAGCCCCAAGGGGUGGCUGCACGGCACCAACGAGAGGACCAAGGACAAGGGGGACUUCCCCGGGACCUUUGUGGAGUACGUCGGGGUGCUGAGGGUCGGCCCUCCUCCAGUGGCCAAGUCCUGGACCAGGCCGGUCCCCCCGACCCCCGGGGGCCUGCAGGGAGACCUGGGAGCUGCUGCUGCUGCUUCAGGUGAGUGAUGCUGAUGAUGAUGAUGAUGAUGGCUGGGUCUUUAUACUGACGGGACUGAGUCUGGUUCAGUCAUGUUGGUGCUGCUGGCUUCAGUCUGUCUGAGGACACGUUGACUGUGGAACAUCAGCUUCAGUUCUGCUGUUGCUAGCUUGUGCUUUGAGUAUCAUGUGCAAAAAAGACAACAUCAAGUGUUCUUUUACUGCCAGAGUUCAUAUAAGAAUGGUUUGCUUUUUGACCCGGUUAUUAUUAUUAUUCCACAUUGCAGUAGAAAGAUGGGUUUAGUUUGUUUUAGGAGUUGGCACCCUUUGUUCUCUACCUCACUUAUGCUUUUAGGUUAUCAGCCUGAAGAAAGUUCUCUUUUUGUUAUUUCUUGUUUCUUAUAUUUUAUUAUUUCUUGGAACAUCAGCUUCAGUUCUGGACUAAAGAUGCAUGUGUGGGUCUGUCAGCUUCAGCUCUGUGUGCAUCAGGGUGGUCCAGCAAAGUGUGAGGCCUGAAGUGGUUGCCUUGGUUGCACUCAUCUUGGUACUUAUUUUAGCAAAAUGAGAUUUCUUUGUUGUUAAUUUCCCCCAAAACUGUUAAAAUCCUCAUUCUUUAGCAUCCCUGCAGCCUGCAGGACUCUCAGGUUCACCUGAAGCUUCUGAGUCAUGUCUGAAAGAGAAGCUGAAACUAUUUGCCACCUGUGAGCUUGCACGUUGGGUUUUUGUAACGUUCU